CCCGAAACAAGCUAACGCUAAUGGGAGGUCCAAAAUGGUCUCUCAACGGCAUGACCGCCCUCGUCACCGGCGGAUCCAAAGGCAUCGGCCGCGCGAUCGUCGAAGAGCUCGCUGGACUCGGCGCACGUGUGCACACGUGUGCCCGCAACGAGAAGGAGCUCGGCGACAGGUUGCAAGAAUGGAAGAGCAAAGGGUUUGACGUGAGCGGCUCUGUCUGCGACUUGAGCUCCAGCUCCCAGAGGAUCAAGCUCGUACUGGAGACUGUCGCCUCUGCCUUCGACGGCAAGCUCAACAUCCUUGUGAACAACGCUGGAAUUGGGGUGUUCAAGAAAUGCCUGGACUGGAGCCCUGAAGAUUACUCGAGCGUGAUGGCGACGAAUCUGGUGGCGCCUUUCCAUCUGUGUCAACUGGCGCAUCCGCUGCUCAAGGCGUCUGGCCGGGGAAGCAUCGUGUUCAUUUCCUCCACUGCUGGUCUGUUGGCCAUUCCUUUCGUAUCGGGCUAUGCGACCACCAAAGUGUUUGUUGCAUAUGCAGCGGGGAUCAACCAGUUGACCAAGAACUUGGCAUGUGAAUGGGCUAAGGACAACAUUCGGGCCAACAGUGUUGCUCCUGGAGGAACCAAUACCCCGACGGCAAAUUCGAACCCUGAGUUUCUCAAAGCAGGUGUUAGUAUAAUGAGUAGGGUUCCCGCCGAGCGCAUGGCAGAGCCAGACGAGAUAUCGUCGGUUGUGGCAUUCCUCUGUAUGCCGGCAGCUUCGUACAUAUCUGGCCAGGUGAUCGCCGUGGAUGGUGGAUACUCUGUCUGUGGGUUUUAGGUUUUAUGUAUCUAUCCUCUGCCUACCAUCAAACUAGUUGUAAAAUGUAAGCUCCCAAAUGUAUGGUGCAGCAUGAACAUUAAUACAGUCGAUCUAUACCGGAAUCUCUUGUGCGUGUGCCGAUCUACGUACCAAGAGCAGACCAUGUUGAGUAUCGAAUAAAGGAAAAAAGUCCUCGAGAAUACUGAAGCAAAACAGUGUUCAAGUCCAACACAUAGUACGAGCCAAAAGUAUGUACAAAUUACGACUGGGAGGCUGAUAGCUUUCAACUGCGUCUCAUGCUCCGCCAUGGAGAGAGGGAG